AAUCAAUGAAGCCCAACCCACCAAACGGUCCAAACCAAACCAAAAUCCGAACAAAACCUCUAUCCGUAUCCGUGCCCGUUUCCCUAGAAUCGAAUCCCGAAAAAUACUUCAGGUUUCAGCAACUCCAUCUCCGAUUCUCCAUGGACAAGUCGAAGUACAGACGUGACACAUGUUCAUGCACACGUAUCACAUAAAUCUAGCCCAAAACCACCAAACCACUAUUAUCAAAUUUUUCAACUUAACCUCCAUUUUUGGUAGAAGAGUUUUACAAAAAGGAAACUCCUUAGGGUUACUGUCUGUUUUUUCUGCUUUCCAACUCUGUCUAAACCAAGGUCUUCAGUACACCACUGAAAAGGAUACUGAUAUGGACAGGGAAACAAAUGUCUCUGUUGUUGUCAAUGUUGGUGAUCCAGAGGCAGAAUCAAAUAGAAUUGACUUACUUGAAGGGAUGUCAUCUAAUGGUGAGGUGGUCAGUGAACUAGGAAGUGCCGGCGAGGUUUUAAGUAGAGUGGAAUUAGAUAUAGCUUGUUCUUCAGAGAAGUUAGUGAACUUAGAAAUACUUAUGAUGCAUGUAGCAAACAGGGAAAAUGACUUUGAAGUGUUUGCUUCAGACAGAGAGCAUAUCCUGGCUGAUUCCCCUGAGAAGGCUCUGGAAUUUGAUCUCUUAUCUGGACUACUAGAUUCAGAGGUUAGAGAACUUGACAAGUUCAUGACUACUCUUGAAGUAGAUAUUAUCAAUGCCCGUGAGCUCAUAUCUUUAUACAGACACUUGGGAAGAACUUCCAUGGAAAUGGAAGAGAAGUUAUUAGAUUCUGAAAAUUCAUUGAAGCAAUCACGGGAACAGAUUUCAGAAAUUAAAAAGCAAUCUGCCAAGUUUCAUAGGACUUUGUCAUGUCUAGAUGAAGAAGGAAACUGGACUGGUGAACAGGGUACAGAAUUUUCUGAAGGUGUUCAACUGCUGAAUGUGAAUGCAAAAAUAAAAAUGCAAACUGCCGAACAACAAAGACAUUUUUUGAGGAUGCUAGAAAAAUCUUUGGCAAGAGAGAUGGAUCUUGAGAAAAAGUUAGCUGAAUCAAGACAAACUGACAAGGAGCUGAAAUUUAGGUUAAUCUCUUUUGAACAAGAAGUAUUCUACACGGAAGAAGAAGCUACGAACACUUGUGAAAGGUUGUUUGAGGCAGAGAAUGCUGCUGAGGUCCUGAAGGGAGUUUCUAAAGAAUUACUUGGUCGACUCCAGCUUGUUCAGUUCAAUAUGAAUGGUUCAAUUCAGCGAGAAAAUGAGCUAAGGUCAAAGCUUAAUAGUUCCAUGAAACAGUUGGAAGUAAAAGAAAAUGCCUUGCAGAAGCUAGAAAACAGCAAUGCAAAACUCAAUGACUUGCUUCUUACACAGACUGACUGCACUAUGGAAGCUGAAGAUAAAUUAAGUCUUGCCAAUUCUGAGAACUUCACUUUGAGGCAGCAGGUGGAUUCACUUGAGAAGCAGCUAAAAGAAGGGCAGCAUAAGGUGGAUUCUCUUGAGAGGCAGCUGAGGGAAAGUGAUAUUCAGCUACAGCAUGCCGUUGCAUCUGCUGAAGCUAGCCUGGAGAAGGAAAAUAUGUUGUAUUCUACAAUCGGAGAUAUGGAGAACUUAAUUGAGGAUCUGAAGUUGAAAGUUUCAAAAGCUGACAAUCGGGCUGAUACCGCAGAGGACAAGUUAAUCAUAUUAUCUGAAGCUAAUGCUAGACUAACCGAGGAAUUAACCUUUUUGAGGGAUAGACUUGAAUGCGUGGAGGCAUCUUUGCAUCAAGUUGAGGAAACCAAGUUGGCAACUGCAAAGGACAUUGGUAUACAAACAAAAGUAAUAACAAAUCUGUUAAUGCGACUGGCCAUAGAAAGAGAGCGGCUUCAUAUGCAGAUCUCUUCAUUAACAUCAGAGAAUAAAGCCAUGGCAGUGAAAUUGCAGCAGACUAACAAAGAUCAUGGUAUGCAUGAUUUGACUGCUGCUUCUUCUGUGAGAGAAAGUAAGGAAGAAGUAACUGAAUUGUCAGCUGCCGUUUCUGAGCCUGAAAAUACUCCAAAAAAUGCAUCUAUUGGUAAGACUGAAGUGGCACCAGUAGAUUUAACAUCUGAGUGUGGAACUGUCCGGACGAUAGAUGCAGGGCUUCUUAACUACAAACACCUUUUUGUGGCAUUUCUUAUUUUACUAGUUUCUGCAGCAGCUUAUUUCUUCAUAAAACAGAACUCCCAAUUUUGAUGGUGCCCAGAGUUUGUCAUUCCCUGAUUACAAUGAAAGGAAUUUAAGUGAAACAUUAUGUAAGCUUCAUUUUGAGGUUGAUCAGCGACAAGUCGAUAAAAACAAAACGGUAGAAAAGAAGAGAAACAGAGUUGAUGAGUGAUUUUAACCAGUUUCUUUCUACACAUAUAUCUCUAGUCGAAACUUAAAUUCAGAGGCAUGGAAAUCUACAUGAGAAAUAUUCUUGUAUUCUCAAAUGUCAUCUUUUGUGCAGCACUGUAAGUUUUGAUCAUAAGUGUUUUGAGGAAUCAGCCGGUAGGGAGAGGAUAGAUUCAGGGUAGAGUUAUCUGUCCACAUGUUCAGGAAGGAAAACUUGACCCAAGUCAUUUGGGUUAUAUUACUGAGAUGCUUGCAUGGAAAGCCCCUUUUUUAACUAGAGCUGGCCUCAUUCACAAAGAGGUCAUUACUGGGAAGUUGUUUGCUUGUGUUGUUUUGUCCUUGGUAAAAUCAGAGAAUUUUGAGUUUUUGUUUCAUGUUUUAACUA